AUGCCUUUGGAAAAACUGGGGCCGGAUCAAGAACGAGUUUUGAAAUUCGGAGAUGUCGUCGGUUUUCGGCAAGACGCGCUGAUCUUUCGGAUUGAAAGUGGCUCUACUAGAAAAACGUCGAAAUCCGAUGAGAUCAACGAGGAGAAUACUGAGGCUAUUUCUGAAGAAAUACAAAAUAAGGAAGAGUCUCAAAUAGGGUCAGACAAUGCUGAAUGGACAAGUGGCUCCAUUUCAAACCACGAAGACGAAAACAAAUCUUCAAAAAGCGAAGCUGGCCCCAGUCAUAUUAACACAGCUGCCCCAGCUCGGACGCGGCCUCCCUGCGAGUACGGGGGACAAUGUUACCGUCGAAAUCCAAACCAUAAAAUCGAAUUUUGCCACCCUGGUGAUGACGAUUGGUGGGAUCCUCUUGUUGAAAAUGAUGAUCCUGAUUUUCAAGAUCCACGACCUGAAUGCCAAUAUGGCAUCCUCUGCUACCAAAAAAGCGAAGCUCAUCGGCGAAAAUUUCAACAUAAUACAGCCGGAAGCGCACCAAAGAGAAGAGCAGCCAGAAAAGCAGAAGAGAAGAACAAAGAAAUCUCUUCUGAUAGCGACGAUCUCUUGAGAGAAUCUGAAAGCGAGGUUGAAUACGACAUUUCUAGCGGAGAGGAGGAAAGACCAGCAAAAAUGCAAAAAAUUACAGCUGAAGCAAAGGAGCUCAUAAACGAAACAAAAAAGAUGCUUCGCGAUCGAAAUUUCUGA